AUAUAAAGCAUAACAAAGAACAAUGUCAUCAAUAGGUAUGGAUUGAGAUGUAUGGAUCAAUUCCAUUAUCAUUCUUCACUGAUAUCUUCAGUAUUCAGACUAGUGAAAAUAAUCAAGGCUGAUCUGGCUGAUAAUAAGUAGGUAUUAGAAAAAUAAUAAAGGUAUCUGGAUAAUAAAAGCCACUAGAUGUUUUUUCUUGAAACAAAUCAAAUGAUCACCCUGUACAAAAACUAUAUGAAAUGUAAAAUAAUAAAAUAAUAAUAAAAUUAAAUUAAAAACCUUGGCAUUGAGUGUUAUCAGUUAUCACCGUAUUAUUGUUUUGAUAUUUUCAUUUUUCAUGUUUUGAUAAUUCAAUUAACUGGUUGAUUGUUGUUGUUGAUCGUUGAAUUUGUUGGCAUAAGGUUGGCAUGAAUUCAAUCUGACCUGAAAUGAGGCAUCUAGAGACAGGAAGCAAAGAGAAUUGGCGCAACAAAUAAUCCAUGCCCAUGCAGUGGCCCAUGCGUAAACAAGUUUACAGAAAAUUUCCUGGCUGGAAAAAGACAUAAUUGAAAUCGGCCCCAACACUCCCAACAGUAAAUGUCUUUUCGAAUAAUCACAUCAUUAUCAUAAUAAAAAAAGGAAGGAUUAUUAUUUGUUGAAAAAUUUCUUUCUUGGCACGAAUUCAAUACGACCCGAAAUGAAGCAUCGAGAUCUUCGAUCAUACUACAGGGGUUUGUUGUUCGGAGGGGCCGAUGGUGAUUUGUUCAUGAUUUGCAAUUUCAAUCUCAAUUUUUUUUCAGGAUCGGCCGAAGCGUUUCCGCACGGAUUGAUCUCUUUUCCGUCCUGUCUCUAGAUGCCUCAAAUCCGGUCGUAUCGAGGCAGCGCCCAGCGGAAAAAUAGCUAUGGGAUCUUCUGGAAGGUUAUGUGUUAUGUUUAUAUUAUGUCAAGUUUCCUGUUAGGUAAUCGUGAUCACAGUUUAUUACGCAAAAGUUUGGUUUUUACAUCAAUUUGUAUUUGUUUCGUUGCUAACGAGAGACAACUCAAGUGAACGUUUACGUUUAUCAAACAAUGGGUAACGUAAGUGAGAAAGUAGAAGCUGCCUCAACUAGUACUACCCCAAACAAUGAGACGCCGAAAAAGCUCAAACCAUGCUGUGCUUGUCCAGAGACCAAAAAAGUCCGGGAUGCUUGCAUUAUUGAGAAUGGUGAAGAAAACUGUAAACAUCUUAUAGAAGCUCACAAAGAAUGCAUGAGGAAGGCUGGAUUCAAUAUAUAAUGAUUGCUUUUUCUAAUUUAUUUGUACAUAACAUGUCAUUUAUUGCUUAACAAUACAAAUUAGGUCCUGAAAAAUGUGUUUCCUAGAAAGAUAAAAUGAAAUGCAUAAUUAAAGUAUGUAUAUAGGACCACAUGACUUUCAAUAAUUAGUCAAAAGAACAAAGAAUAUUGAUAGAAUCCCAUAGGAGAGAACAUGUAUCUACAAUUUUAACACAUACCUAAAGAGGAUGUAUAACAGCAAUAAUUAAUUUUCAGUUGUAGGAAAAUGUCAGAAUAUCACAGGUCCUUAAGACAGCAAUUUUCAAAGGAUCAGGUAAUGGUGUUUUCAAAUUCUGGAUUAUAACAUUUUCAAAAUUAUAAUCCAUUGCUUUUAUUUCCCCAGUUACCUGAGUGUUUUCAUACAUGUUAAUUUCACAAUAUUUGUUUGUUCCUGAAAAUGAAUUGGAAUUCAUUUUCCUCUCAGAAUGGUUCAUCAUAAUUACCACAAAUAGAUGAAACAAGAUACAGAAAUCGUUCUCUAAGAAAACCAUUAGCUUCAUUCUCUUCAAUUUUUCUAAUUCGUAAUUCCUCAGAUUCACCCAUUAUUUUAUUUGUGUAAUAGUUUUGGGUUUAGUAUAUAAAUUUGUUAUCUUCACACUUCACAAUCUUCUACUCUUCUUUCUUC